AACCUAGCAAUCAGCAAAGCUCUUGCCUUUUCCUCUCACUAGUCACUACUCUUCAAUCCCCAGACGCGGCCGCCGGUUUUUGCUUUCUGCAGCAGGAGUAGCUUGUAUUCGGAAAGAUGGUGAGGGUCAGCGUUCUAAAUGAUGCACUGAAGAGCAUGUACAAUGCGGAGAAGAGGGGCAAACGUCAGGUCAUGAUCAGGCCUUCCUCAAAAGUGAUCAUCAAGUUCCUUAUGGUUAUGCAGAAACAUGGUUACAUCGGAGAGUUUGAGUAUGUUGAUGACCACAGAGCUGGUAAAAUCGUGGUUGAACUGAAUGGAAGGCUUAACAAGUGCGGGGUCAUCAGUCCCCGUUUUGACAUAGGAGUGAAGGAGAUUGAGGGUUGGACUGCAAGGUUACUUCCUUCUAGACAGUUUGGGUACAUUGUGCUGACUACAUCUGCUGGAAUAAUGGACCAUGAGGAAGCCAGAAGAAAGAAUGUUGGUGGAAAGGUACUUGGCUUCUUCUAUUGAGUGAUUUCUUCUUUAAGAAUGAUGUGUUUUAGGGCUGGGGCUUGAUGGUUAGCCAUCAUCUUGCCUGUGAUGAAGAUUUUCAAUCGGUAGUUGUUAUUUCCUUUUGCAUUAACGGUUUGGAUUAUUCUUAUUUCAAAGUUUAUGCAAUUCUCUUGAAAUUUUCAUUCCA